UGUCGGAAUACGGAUGUGGAAACAUAAUGCCGCACUCACCCCGCCGUUCCCGGAGCAACAGGGAAAAUGGCAGCCCUCACCACCCUCACUCAGCUGUCGAGUGGGAACCCAGUGUAUGAAAGUUUUUACAGACAGGUCGAUCCAGGAAACACAGGGAGGGUCAGACCUACAGAGGCUGCUUUGUUUCUGAAGAAAUCAGGCCUGCCGGAUAUCACUCUGGGAAAGAUCUGGGACCUUGCUGAUCCUGAUGGAAAAGGUUUCUUGGACAAGCAGGGAUUUUAUGUCGCUUUACGGCUCGUGGCCUGUGCGCAGAGCGGUCAGGAUGUCUCUCUUACAAGUUUAAACCUCACCGUCCCUCCUCCGAAAUUUAAGGACUCCAGUAGCCCGUCAUUAAGUGGUGCUUCAACAACGGACAGCCAUUGGGCCGUUAGACCUGAAGAGAAAAGCAAGUUUGAUGGUAUUUUUGACAGUCUUGUGCCUGUAAAUGGAUUACUCUCUGGAGAAAAGGUCAAGCCAGUUCUUAUGAACUCAAAGCUGCCAGUGGAUGUGCUAGGAAAGGUUUGGGAUUUGAGUGAUAUUGAUAAAGAUGGGCACCUGGACAAGGACGAGUUUGCAGUGGCCAUGCACCUGGUGUACCGUGCUCUGGAGAAAGAGCCUGUUCCCUCUGUUCUGCCCUCCUCCCUCAUCCCUCCAUCCAAACGCAAGAAGUCUGUGGGCUCCUUAUCCAGCAUGACACCUGUGAUGCCAGGAAGCCCACCUCCUCCUAAAGACAGCCUGCGAUCUACACCAUCACAUGGCAGCAUGAACUCUCUGAACAGCGCCGGGAGUCUGUCACCUAAACACACACUCAAAUCCACACAGCACUCUGUGAACUGGGUAGUGCCAGCGGCAGACAGAGGACGCUACGACGACAUCUUCCUCAAAACGGACGUCGACCUUGACGGCUUUGUCAGCGGUCAAGAAGUGAAAGAGAUCUUUAUGCAGUCUGGCCUUCCACAAAACCUUUUAGCACAUAUAUGGGCUUUGUCAGACACACGGCAGAUUGGCAAGCUGAGCCGAGAGCAGUUCGCACUGGCCAUGUACUUCAUUCAGCAGAAAGUGAGCAAAGGAAUGGAUCCUCCUCAGGCCCUGACCCCAGACAUGAUCCCUCCAUCCGAGAGAGGAACCCCUAAUAUGUCGGGGUACAUGACGCCCGUGGGCUCGGAGAUGGUAGCCCUGAAUGAAAUGCGCAGAGACAGCUCCAGCUCUGUGGGGUCUGGCGAAUUUACAGGAAUCAAAGAGCUGGAUGAUCUGAGUCAGGAGAUUGCUCAGCUGCAGAGGGAGAAAUACACACUGGAGCAAGACAUCAGGGAGGCAGAGGAAACCAUCAGACACAAAACUACUGAGGUUCAGGAAAUGCAGAAUGAUCUGGACCGAGAGACGUGCAGUUUGCAGGAACUGGAGGCCCAGAAGCAGGACGCUCAGGACCGACUGGACGAGAUGGACCAGCAGAAGGCCAAGCUGGAGGACAUGCUCAAUGAAGUACGACAGAAGUGCCAGGAGGAGUCCCAAAUGAUCUCAUCACUCCAGAGUCAGAUCCAUUCUCAGGAGUCAGACCUGCUGAACCAGGAGGAGGAGCUGAGUCGGGCUAAAGCGGACCUGUCCAGGCUACAGCAGGAGGAGAGCCAGCUGGAACAGAGCCUGCAGGCUGGCAAGAUCCAGCUGGAGACCAUUAUCAAGUCCCUGAAGGCCACGCAGGAUGAGAUCAACCAGGCUCGCAGCAAGCUCUCUCAGAUCCAGGACAAUCAGCAUGAGAUAAGCAAAAGCAUUGAGCAGUACAGCAGCGCUCUUAACGGCACACAUGGAGGCAGCAUGACUAACCUGGCUGACAUGAGCGAGGGGUUCCCUGACAAGGAGAACGGGGGCUUCGGGGUCAUGGAUGACCCAUUUAAAGUGAAGACGAGUGUGUUCAGCACAAACUCUCAGGAGAUGCACACAGACCCCUUUCAGUCUGAAGAUCCUUUCAAAUCCGACCCUUUUAAAGGUGAUCCCUUCCAGAAUGAUCCUUUUGCCAAGCAGCCUCCCACAGCAACAGAUCCAUUCGGCGGAGAUCCGUUUAAAGAGACGGACCCUUUCAAGAGCACUUCAGAAGACUUCUUUAAGAGGCCGGCUAAGGCUGAUCCCUUCACCAGCUCCGACCCUUUUAGUAAAAGUGCUACUCUUCCAGUAAAGUCUCAUCACUUCUCGAGCAGUGACCCCUUCGCCUCCACCAGCCCCAAACACAAAGGCUCAGACCCAUUUGGGACUCUAGACCCUUUUGGAAGCAGCUCAUUUGGCAGUAACAGUGGCUUUGCUGAUUUCAGUCAGAUGUCAAAGCAGAGCUUCACCGAUGACCCCUUCAACCAAAACCAGGAUACUCCAGCUCUCCCGCCCAAGAAGACCAUACCGCCUCGGCCCAAGCCUCCCAGCGGCAAAAGCACUCCAACGAACCUAUCCGGAUCUGUGGAUUCAGCCAAGUCGAGCGAUCCCUUCCAGCCCUUCGGCUCUGACGCUAACGACCCGUUUCAGAGUAAAAAGGGGCUCGGGGACCCGUUUAGUGGCAAAGAUCCUUUUGCUCCAUCUGCUUCAAGUAAAGCCACUAAAGAUUCUUCCUUGGGUUUUGCAGACUUCAGCUCUUUUGGGAAUGAGGCGCAACAGAUGGAGUGGGCCAAGCGAGAGAGCGAGCGGGCUGAGCGCGAGAGGCUGAAAAGACUCAGGCAGCAGGAGCAGGAGGACCUGGAACUGGCCAUUGCGCUCAGCAAAGCUGAGAUGAACAACACCUGAAUGCUGGCUUCUCCCUCUCACACACCAUCUUUACAUCACUGCAGCAGAGGAAAGAGUGAGCGUGUGUGAGCGUGUGUGAGCGUGUGUGAGCGUGUGUGAGCGUGUGUGAGCGUGUGUGAGCGUGUGUGAGCGUGUGCGCUGGAGAAUGAGUGAGAUGUGUAUGAUGUGAGGAAAGGUUUUUAAUGUUUUAAACAUCUUUUACUUUUUAAUGUAAUGAUGGGGCAACCCGUGUGUUAUGUGAAUGGGGUCGUGCAUUCUACAUGCACUGCGUUAACCUGCACUACUCUGACACAAUUUAUUUAAAGUGUGUGUGUGUGUGUGUGUGUGUGUGUGUGUGUGUGUGUGUGUGUGUGUGUGUGUGUGUGUGAGAGAGAGAGAGAGAGAGAACGAACCUGUGAAUGGACUCCUCCAUAGUGAUUUUAAUCAGGAAAAAGAAAAUUCACACACAUUCCCACUGUACCCCAAAGACAUGUUUGGUGUCUCUCGUUUGCAUCUUUAUUGUUUUUUGAAAUUGGUUUUAGUAAUAGAUGACUAUAUCACUAAAAUCUUUUGUGUAAAUAUUGUCCAUGUCCGGGCCUUCAGUGAUGUCACCCAGACGUGCUGAUGUGGUUUAGGACAUCUGAGAACAACUGAAAGUUUUUAUAGUUUGGAAUCAUUUAACCCUCCAUAGGCUCAGUAUCUUAAUGUUUUAAUACAGAACAAAGCAAACUAGUUAGAGGACUGAACUUGAGGAAGCUACAAUCCUCCACGCAGCUCCAUCAACACUGGAAGAGAGAGACAGAGAUCAGGGCAGAUGUGGGUGAGCUGUGAAAAGAAUGAUCCACCCUUAGGUGGUAGAGCUACAGUGGUGCUUGAAAGUUUGUGAACAUAAAACACUAUCAGAUUUACACACAAGUCCUAAAACUAGACAAGGAGAAUCCAAUUAAACAAACAAGACAAAAAUAUUAUACUUGGUCACUUAAUUAUAGAGGAAAAUGAUCCAAUAUUAAAUAUCUGUAAGUGGCAAACGUAUAUGAACCUUUGCUUUUAGUAUCUGUUGUGACCCCCUUAUGCAGGAAUAACUGCAGCUAAACGUUUCCGGUAACUGUUGAUCAGUCCUUGGUGGAAUUUCAGCCUAUUCUUCAGUACAGAACAGAUUCAACUCUGGGAUGUUGGUGGGUUUUCUCAAAUGAGCUGCAUUGACUUAACCAUUCCAAAACAUUAACUUUAUCCCUCUUUAACCAUUCUUUGGUAGAACGACUUGUGUGCUUAGGGUCGUUGUCUUGCGGCAUGACCCACUUUCUCUUGAGCUUUAGAUCACCGGCAGAUGACCUGACAUUCUCCUUUAGAAAUUGCUGAUAUAAUUCUGAAGUCGUUGUUCCAUCAAUGAUGGCAAGCCGUGCUGGCCCAGAUGCAGCAAAACAGGUUCAAACCACGAUGCUACCACCAUCGAGUUUCAGAGAUGGAUUAUGAGAUAUAGAGAGAUUAUGUUGGAAUGCAGUGUUUUCUUUUCUCUUUUCUCAUUCUCUAUUUUGGUCUCAUCCAUCCACAAAACAUUUUUCCAAUAGCUUUCUGGCUUGUCCACAUGAUCUUUAGCAAUCUGCAGACAGGCAGCAGGGUUCUUUUUUCGAAAGCAGUGGCUUUCUCCUUGUAACUCUGCCAUGCACACCGUUGUUGUUCAGUGUUCUGAUGGUGGACCCAUAAACAUUAACAUUAGCCAAUGUGAGAGAGGCCUUUAGUAGCUUAGAAGUUACCCUGGGUUCCUUUGUGACCUUGUGGACUAUUACACAUCUUGCUUUUGGAGUGAUACUUGCUGGUCGAUCACUCCUGGAGAGGGUCUUGAAAUUCCUCCAUUUGUACACAAUCUGUCUGACUGUGGAUUGAUGGAGUCCAAACCCUUUGGAGAUGGUUUUGUAACCUUUUCCACCCUCCCACCCAGAGAGCAUAACCAGUUUUGCUCCAUUGGAUUCUUCUGAUGAUGGGGCGAAUGAUUUUUCGUUGUGGCCAAAGUGGUCAAGCCCGUUUAACCUUUUGGUUAACCCUUUUACCAACACCUUUGAGACUUCCUAUGUCUGCCAGUUGCAGGUCUGUAGAAAUGGUGGACAAAUUUCAUAUAUAAAAAAGACAAAAGCAAACAUCAGACAUCAAACAUUUCCGGACUACAUGUGGGGUAAAGAGGAAAAUUGUGUACAUUUGAUAUGAGACCAUUCUUUAUUCUGUAACAAUUCUGUAACUCAUGUUCUAAAGAAAAACGUUAAGAGGAAAGUGCUCACAAUUUCUGAAGUCUUUAGUCAGUUCUCUAUUUCCCCGUCACAGACCCUGAGCUGAACUGCGUGGUACGUGACUGGGGCAUAGUAUAACAUAUUAAAAGAAAAAAAGAAAGAAAAAAAAAGGACCUGGGAGUCGUAAUAAGUUCUGCUCUUGCCAAGUAUGAAAGGUUGAAAAGAAAAUUCAAUUCCUUUUAUGUUCUGUAGCCUUUCUGUGUCUGGCUGAUGCGUAGAGAUGUCAUGCAGAUUGGAAGUGAUUUGACCCUUUCUUCACUUGUGAGAGCAGUGCUGUAUUGUAGGUCUGGUACACACACACACACACACACACACACACACACACACACACACACACAUGGAGCUCCCACUCCUGUGCAGGUUUGAAUUUUCUUUGCUGAUUCAGCUCUGCUGCCUGUUCGCAAGAUGUUCAUGAGCUCAUGAUGUGUAGAACUUGAACCUGCGCAGGACUUCAGGAGUGGAGAUGAGAGGCUGUGAAAUAAUCCGUUCAUAUCAUUUUCAUUUUGUUUUAAUUUGCUGUCGAUCACUGAGACGCCUAGCGUUUUUCCCAAACAAAAGCUUAUUUGUUCUCCAUAAGCACAAGCUACUAAAGUUGGUGAAAUCUUGUUACGAUAUUAGUCCUGAUCAUCUUCCAGACUGUGAUUAGAAACAUCUUCUGAACAAAUUCUGCUAACUUCGCCAGUUCCCUGCUUUACCCUUUCAGUAUUAAUCGAGACGUUUCCUGAGUUCUUUUACUAAAACUUUCCUGUAUUUUACUUGAACCGUAUGCUGCCUGCCAUGUUUAAACCUGUGGUUUUAAUAUUUUGAGUUGUUGAAGUGAAUUUGUUCUUGUUCAGACUUUCUCACCAUGGACACAUGGACUUUAUAGACUUCCUCGAGCUGAGAACAUUAACUGUUCACCCUUCAGCUGCAGUCCUCUGUGUGGGCCGGAGUAAAGCAACUCGGUUCAGGGACUACCAGAGUUCAAGUAAAGGUGCCACUGAUAUUCAGUGUGCUAUUUAGAAUCACCUGUUAACUGUAACAUAGUCUACUGAAAGACAAAUAUUUUUGGUUUGCUCCUGUAAUACUCCUUUGCUGACUAGGUGUGUUUCCCCCCUCCCCCCUUUUCUUUCCUCUUAUGAGUAGGCAUGUGCAGAAAAUUGAUAUCGUUAUACAAAAGGUAAAGAAUAAAACACUUGUAGACAUUCUGUUUUUGGAAAAUAAUCAACAUUUGAGGUGGUUGACACAGUCCUACAGCAGCACACCUUUUAAUUGUUUUUUUUUUUUUUUUUUCCUUUUAUACCACAGCAGCUUGCCAACAAUUACAAUCUUUAUUUAUUGAAGAAUAGCAUGUCCAUACAUUUUAAGCCAUUUAUAGCUGUUUUAAUGUUGUGGUACAUCCAUGAAACAAGCUCCUGUUGUCACAUUUUUUUAUCAGCUAUAUAUAUAUAUAAAUAUAUAAAUAUAUAUAUAUUAUAUAUCUCUUAAAGUUAAUAAGAAUAAAAACACUUUGUAAUAUUGCUGAGGAACCUCAGGACAUAAAUUCCUCAAAAAGAUGCGUCAGAAAAGAUGCAGCUUUAUCACGCACCGUUACAAAAUUUUGACACCGGAGACUCCUUCCAUAAACGUCUCCGUACAGAAAACUUCAUAACAGUGAUUCUGUACGUUUUUAUCAGCAUCAGCCAUCAAGUCCCUGUGUAAGAUGUUACUAUAGAAACAAUAAUGUGUUCAAAUGAGCACAUUCAUAUAAAACUGUGAUUUGCAGCUGCACUACUGUCUGAUCUGUUCUAGAAAAUUUAUCAUUUUCUGAUCAAUCAGGAUCCAGAGUUCAAGAUUAGACAGCUCCGGCAUCAGCACAUGCCUAUUCAGAAGCAGCAACAUGACACUUUUAUUUUAGCAUUAACUUAACAAUGUUACUGUAUUCGUCUGGAGGAGCUGGGGUUUUUUGUUGGUUUGUUUUUCCUAAAUCCAGAUGAACCUUCUCUGAAAAUAUUUCAAUACAGAAAGUUAGGUUCUGUUAAUAGUUUACACCAUCUUUAACUCUUAUUCAAUGUGGAGUUUUUUUUGUUUUUGUUAGUUUUUGUAUUUCCAUUAUUUUCUCUUUUUUAUUUUUUGGGAGCUAAAUAACACGACGCCUCACAUUUCAUUAAAUGCCCACUCGUGCUGUAUUCGUCUUUGUUACCUCCAUUGUGCAAUAGUUUGUAUAUUUUUAUUUGUGUACUGAAAUACCUGUAAACUCAUUUUAACUUUUAUUUCUUUAUGAAAAAUGUGGGUGUUUUAAAUGCCUGUUCAUGUCAAAGCAAACGAUUCACCGAUCUCGCGCUGGUUGCGCUCUUUUCGGCCUGCCUUAUUCCCUCGCCUCUACACAACGGACAGACCAAAUUAUUAAUCACCAUACUGAAAUGCAUUUAUAAAAAACAUAAGUACAUAAUGUAUAUCACGUUAUAUUUGUCUUAUAAAAAAACAACAACAAAUAACUUCAAAUGUGUAACUGGAUGCAUUUAAAAAGAUUCCAGAAAUUAAUAGUCACUAGAAAAGCUUGGGUUUAUUUGAAGAUGCCAAUGCUUGCUAUGUGGUCCUUUUGUUUCACAGAAUAAAAUAUACACCAUUUCAGAUA